CCGUGGAGGACGGAGCCAGGGCGUGACCGGGCGUGGAAGCUGGGCCGGGGGUGCGGAAUCUGCUGACGGAGAGGCCGGCACAGCCAGGGGCUCCAAGCAGCGAGCCUGCCCCUCCCGGCCGGCCGGGCUGGCGGGACGCAUCCCCCUUCCCCCUCCUCCCCCCCUCUCCGGGUGCUCGCUUGGCUUCCUGGCCCCAGAAGGGUCCGAGGCGCCUGCCCGAGUGGACUCCGGAUGGGGCCCUGCAGGAGGGGGCAGGCGAGGCCCUCGCUGGGCAGUAGCUGCACAUAGGGGGCCCCCACCACUGCAUGGAGGCAUCGGGGAGGCAGCGCUGCGCAGAGAUGCAGGACAAGCUGCACAUCCUGGAGGACCUGAACAUGCUCUACAUCCGGCAGAUUGCGCUCAGCUUGGAGGGCACGGACAUCCAGAAGAAGAUUGACCAUGAGAUCCGCAUGCGCGAAGGGGCGUGCAAGCUGCUGGCCGCCUGCACCCAACGCCAGCAGGCGCUCGAGGUGACCAAGAGCCUGCUGGUCUGCAACAGCCGCAUCCUGGCCUACAUGGCUGAGCUGCAGCGCAUGAAGGAGGCCCAGGUCAUGCAGCGCAUGGCCCGACGCCCUUCAGAUGCUGGGCCCACCGACGAUCGCUUACCCUGCCGGGGAAGAGUCUGCAUCUCAGAUCUCCGGAUCCCCCUGAUGUGGAAGGACACCGAAUAUUUCAAGAACAAGGGCGACUUGCAUCGUUGUGCAGUGUUCUGCCUGCUACAGAUUGGCACAGAAAUCUAUGACACAGAGAUGGUGCUGGUAGACCGGACGCUUACCGACAUCUGCUUUGAGAACACGAUCCUCUUCAAGGAGGCCGGCCCAGAGUUCGAGCUGAAAGUGGAGUUGUACAGCGCCGGCCUGGAGGAGGACUCCACGCUCGGCCACACCCCCAAGAAAUUGGCCAGCCGCUUGAGCAGCUCUCUGGGGCGCACCUCUGGGAAGCGGGUGCGAGCUGCCCUGGAUGGGGGGGUCCCCGGCAGCCCCGUGAGCAACGGCGGGAGCAGCCCGCUGCUGCUGCCUGCCCCCAGUGUGGCGGGGCCCAAGUAUCAGCUGUUGGCGUGCACCACCCUCCGGCUGGCACAUGUCCAGGACGCCUUCCGCACCCACGACCUCGUCGUCACUGGCAACGAGGAGAGCGCCUUCUGGCUUCCCCUUUAUGGCAGCAUCUGUUGCCGCCUGGCGGCCCAGCCCCACUGCCUGCUCCACCAGAUGAUGUGUGGCUUCCUGAAGGUGCAGCAGGGGGAGCCCCCGGGCUGGGUGCGUCUCUUCUGCCUCCUGCGUGGCUCCAACCUCUUCUGCUACCGGCACUCCCAGGAUGCGGAAGGGCAGGAGGAGCCGGCCCUCACCAUUGCCAUCAACAAGGAGACGCGCAUCCGAGCCACUGAGAAGGACCCCAAGAAUCGCUUGCACAGCAUGUCUGUGACGAACCGCUACGGGGGCGAGGAAGUGACCCACACGCUGCUGGCCGAGUCCCGAGCUGAGACCCAGCGCUGGAUGGAGGCCUUCUGGCAGCACUUCUAUGACAUGAGCCAGUGGAAGCACUGCUGUGAUGAGCUCAUGAAGGUGGAGGUGCCGUCACCCCGCCGCCCGCCGGCUCUGCUGCCCAGGCAGGGAUCCUUGUACCACGAGAUGGCUAUUGAGCCUGUGGAUGACAUCGAGGCCGUGACGGAGAUCCUGGCACGGCGGGUUUCGGGCCUGGGCCACCCCGCGUGGCUGUCUCUCUUCGAGGGCUCCUCUGCCAGCGUGGCUUCGGACAGCGACAGCAGCGCCAACGCCAGCCCCUGCCCCCCGCGCCCGCCCUGGGGCCGGCCUCGCACCCUCUCUCUAGACGCCAAGCUCAGCGUGCUCAAAGGACGCUCGGACCGCCCGCCGCUGCCCUGCCCCAUCCCCAGGGCCCGCGGCCCCUCCCGCUCCAGCUCCCGCUCCUCCAGCAGCGGCAGCCCGACUCCCGAGCUGGAGCGGCCUGCGCGGCCCCCCACCCAGCCCAGGUUUGACCCUCGCUUGUGGCUGCAGUCCCAGGUCUGAGAAGGAGGCUGGGCUGGGCCGGGCUGGGCUGGUCGGCAACUGGAGCACCAGUGACUGAGCCAUGGCCGUGGGGCCAGCCCCCUUCCUGCUGCAGACGAGGAGCAGCUGCCCUGCCCCCCGCCCCGACUCUGCCUCCAGAAAGGCCAGGCCCCCCCUGCAGAGGUGGGGGCCCCCUGGAGUCUCAGACCGCUGCCCUUGUCGUGAGUUGGGGGGGCAGAGACCUGUGCCCCGUCACCUUGAUCCCAGGGGCUGACCUGGAAUAACUGCUUCAGGAGAAAAGCCUCUCCGUCCGUUCGUCCGUCCGUCCUUCCUUCCUUGGUGAGAAACUGGAAUGUUUUGGACUGGGAAAUGUUUUGCUCUGCAGGGCGGGGGCCUCUCCGAAUCUCGCCCGAGAGAAGCCGGCAGCUCAGGCUGGACCCUUCCUGGGAGGCCGGGGAAUCCCCGGAACAAGGGGGGGGUGCCCUGGUUGCCUGCCCUCACAGCCUCUCCUCAUGCCCCUCUUCUCCUCGCCAUCGCCCUGAGCUUCAGGGAUGCGUGCCAAUGCAGGAGGCCGGGG